GUCAAUAUGAGCCUCACCUUUCAGCGUCUCCUAGUUCCCUUGCUGCAACAAACAAUCUCACUCCUCCACUCUCCCGCUUCUCUCUCUCCCUCUCCCUCUCCAAAUUAUUCAUACAUAUUUACAUGUAUGUAUAUGUGUAUAUACACACAACACCAGAAGAUUGCUGAGCAGCAUAGUAGAUUCUAAUCUUCUCUAAACUGUGACUUUUUUUUUUUUCGUUUUGGUAGAAAAUAUAAUCAUGGAUGAAAUGUAUGGUCUCCUUCAAACGAAUAAUGAUUAUACAGACAAGGUCCUGAUGUCACCGGACAAUCUGAUGUUUCCGGCUGACUACCAGACCUUCUACUCCUCCUCCUACGGCGCCGAUCACCACCGGAUUCCAUAUUUUGGAUCAGAAGAGUUGAUGUCUGCCGCCUCCGCGAUUUCCGAAGCCGCCUCGAUCACGCCUGGAGUUCGAAGAAACCAUGAAAAUCAUGAUGAUAUGUCGAGCUUCAUCAAGGCUAAAAUCGCUUCUCAUCCUUUUUAUCCGAAAUUGCUCCAGGCUUACAUCGAUUGCCAGAAGGUUGGAGCGCCGCCGGAGAUAGCGUGUUUGUUAGACGAAAUCCGACGAGAAAACGACUUUUGUCAGCGAGACUCGGUUAUCACGUGUUUAGGUGCCGAUCCUGAGCUCGACGAGUUCAUGGAAACCUUCUGUGAUGUAUUGGUGAAGUACAAGUCCGAUCUCUCAAGGCCUUUUGAUGAAGCAACAACCUUCUUGAACAAGAUCGAAAUCCAACUCGGCAAUCUUUGCAAAGAUGAAGGUGCUGUAUCAUCGGAUGAGGAUUUCAGUGGAGGAGAGAUGGAAGGACAUGAGGCAGAAAUGAGGGGUGAAGACCGAGAGCUUAAAGAUAGACUCUUACGUAAAUAUGGUAAUCAUAUUGGUAGCCUGAAGCGGGAAUUCUCAAAGAAGAAGAAGAAAGGAAAGCUGCCGAAAGAGGCAAGGCAUACAUUACUUGAGUGGUGGAAUUUGCACUACAGAUGGCCUUACCCAACAGAAGCAGAUAAAAUAUUGCUGGCGGAAUCUACUGGGUUGGAUCAGAAGCAAAUUAACAAUUGGUUUAUAAAUCAACGGAAGCGUCAUUGGAAGCCAUCGGAGAACAUGCAAUUAGCAGUGAUGGAUAAUCUUUCAUCAGGACAAUUCUUUACAGACGACUGAGCUAAGUGCAUGUAUAUAUUCUUCAGAUGUAAUGUUGGUAAUUUGAUGAUCAUGUUUGGUUAAUGUAUAUUCUGACACUGUCGUUGACGUUGGAUUGCUUAUAUUCUGAAAUAAGGGGAAAAAAAAAAUUGACUAUUUUACUUUGUUCACAUUUAUUAUCUACAAGCAGGGGGAACGGAUGGUUAUUGGUUUAUGGCUUUUUAUUAUCGACUUUGAACUAGAAAAAUGUUACACCAAAGAGGCCCGUUAUUUUGCUUAA